AUGGGGGCUGGAGCGAGCGCCGAGGACAAACACUCCAGAGAGCUGGAGAAGAAGCUGAAGGAGGAUGCCGACAAGGAUGCAAGAACUGUCAAGCUGCUGCUGCUAGGUGCUGGAGAAUCAGGCAAAAGCACUAUUGUCAAACAGAUGAAAAUUAUCCACAAAGAUGGUUACUCACUUGAAGAAUGCUUGGAGUUCAUCACCAUCAUCUACAGCAACACCCUGCAGUCCAUCAUGGCCAUUGUGAAGGCCAUGAACACACUCAAUAUAAACUAUGGCCACGCUGAUCAGCAGGAUGAUGCGAGGAAACUCAUGCAUCUUGCAGACACCAUUGAGGAGGGCACCAUGCCUAAAGAACUGUCAGACAUCAUUUUGCGCCUGUGGAAGGACUCUGGCAUACAGGCAUGCUUUGACAGGGCCUCAGAGUACCAACUCAACGACUCCGCUGGAUACUACCUGAAUGACUUGGAGCGACUGAUCCAACCAGGCUACGUGCCCACUGAGCAGGAUGUGCUGCGAUCAAGAGUGAAGACUACUGGUAUCAUCGAGACCCAAUUUUCCUUCAAAGAUCUCCAUUUCAGAAUGUUUGACGUGGGUGGCCAGAGGUCAGAGAGGAAGAAGUGGAUCCAUUGUUUCGAAGGUGUGACCUGUAUCAUCUUCAUUGCUGCUUUGAGCGCUUAUGACAUGGUGUUGGUGGAGGAUGAUGAAGUGAAUCGAAUGCACGAAAGUCUGCACUUGUUCAACAGUAUCUGCAACCAUCGCUACUUCGCCGCCACCUCCAUUGUACUCUUCCUCAACAAGAAAGAUGUGUUCAUUGAGAAGAUCAAGAAAGCUCAUCUCAGCAUGUGCUUCCCUGAAUACGAUGGCCCCAAUACGUACGAGGAUGCUGGUAACUACAUCAAGAUGCAGUUCUUGGACCUGAACAUGCGCAGAGACAUCAAAGAAGUCUACUCUCACAUGACCUGUGCCACAGACACAGAGAACGUCAAGUUUGUGUUUGACGCCGUAACCGACAUCAUCAUCAAAGAAAACCUGAAAGAUUGUGGUCUCUUCUAA